UCUCUCUCUCUCUCUCUCUCUCUCUCUCAAAGCUUAGUGGGGCGAAGAGAGAUAACUACAGAGGCGAUCCUACCAUGAGCCGCUACGAUAGCCGCGCCGGAGACCCCGGCACCUACCGCGACCGGAGAAGCGAUGCGGGAUUCAGUGGCGGCGGGAGGGGGUUCGAGUCCUCGAGCAGGAGGGAGGCGCAGGGCGGAGGCGGCAGCGGCGCCGCCGCCGCCGAGUUGGACGGGCUGACGCCAUUCGAGAAGAACUUCUACGUGGAGUCGCCGGAGGUAGCGGCGAUGACGGAGUCGGAGGUGGAGGCCUACCGCCGCAAGAGGGAGAUCACCGUCGAGGGCCGCGACGUGCCCAAGCCGGUCAGGGAGUUCCGCGAUAUUGGCUUCCCAGAUUAUGUUAUGCAGGAAAUCUCAAGAGCUGGUUUUGUUGAGCCUACUCCUAUUCAAGCACAAGGCUGGCCAAUGGCAUUGAAAGGUCGUGAUCUUAUUGGCAUCGCUGAAACAGGAUCAGGAAAAACACUUGCGUAUCUCCUACCUGCCAUCGUUCAUGUUAAUGCUCAGCCAUUUUUAGCACCUGGUGAUGGUCCAAUUGUCUUGGUAUUGGCCCCGACCCGUGAACUUGCUGUCCAGAUACAACAGGAGGCAACCAAAUUUGGGGCAUCUUCAAAGAUUAAAAGCACUUGUAUAUAUGGUGGUGUUCCAAAGGGACCUCAAGUUCGUGAUCUCCAGAAAGGUGUUGAAAUCGUAAUAGCUACGCCCGGGCGAUUGAUCGAUAUGUUAGAGUCUCAUCAUACAAACUUAAGAAGGGUUACAUAUCUUGUUCUGGAUGAAGCAGAUCGUAUGCUAGACAUGGGGUUUGAACCUCAGAUCAGGAAAAUUGUUUCUCAGAUCCGCCCUGAUCGUCAAACUCUCUACUGGAGUGCUACUUGGCCGAAGGAAGUUGAACAGCUAGCAAGGCAGUUCCUCUACAAUCCAUACAAGGUGAUUAUCGGUUCUAUAGACUUGAAAGCUAAUCAUGCUAUUCAUCAGCGUGUAGAGAUUGUAUCAGAGAGUCAGAAAUAUAACAAAUUGGUGAAGUUGUUGGACGAUAUAAUGGAUGGUAGCCGGAUAUUGAUUUUCAUGGACACCAAGAAGGGAUGCGACCAAAUCACAAGACAGCUGAGGACAGAUGGUUGGCCUGCUUUAUCUAUCCAUGGGGAUAAGAGCCAAGCAGAAAGAGACUGGGUUCUCUCUGAGUUUAAAUCUGGGAAAAGUCCUAUUAUGACAGCUACUGAUGUUGCCGCUCGUGGUUUGGAUGUGAAAGACGUGAAAUAUGUGAUCAACUAUGAUUUCCCGGGAUCUUUGGAGGACUAUGUUCAUCGUAUUGGUCGUACUGGGAGAGCAGGAGCCAAAGGAACGGCAUAUACCUUCUUCACAGCAGCUAAUGCAAGAUUUGCCAAGGAUCUAAUCAAUAUACUAGAAGAAGCAGGGCAAAAAGUAAGUCCUGAACUGGCUGCAAUGGGUCGCGGUCCCCCACCUCCCUCUUCAGGUCAUGGAGGUUUUCGUGAUCGGGGUAGGGGUUUUGGUGGUGGCCGCUCAUGGAAUUGAUUUAUCUACUUCUCGUUCAUUUGGCAUAUUACUGCUAGAAGUGGAGGUGAGUAGACUUUGUUUCUGAGGCCAUGUAAAUCCGGCAUGCACAUUUGGCUUGCUCGGGCUGCAACUAUUAAGCACUCCAGUAAAAUGAACUUUUUGGUAUCAUCCUCUUUCGAGAUAGAUACUGUAGCCUUUCCCAUUAAAGACUAGCAAGCCGUGAUGUGAGGUUAUGUUUUGCCUCCCCCUUAUUUUGUGAAAUACAUUCAACACCCGAAGAAAUAGGCAGUAGCAUAUAUAUAACUGACAGUCUAUUGCGCACUGUUUGAGUUUUUGCGCUGGGAUGUAUUAAUCUCAUAAUCUUAUUAGAAUUAAAUGAGUCUCAUAAUCUUAUUACAAUUAAAUGUUUAAAUAUUAAUGUUGAACCUUGAGAUUUCAUUCUGCAAGUUUAUUUAGUUGA